AUGUUAAAAAAACGCUGUACUGGUGCUUCUCACGAACCAGAAGAAAAAAAGAAAAAGUUAAAUACAAGUAGUAACCAUCAUUACACAAUGGUGAUCCAUCAAAUUCCUUCAGAGCUUCUCAUUCACAUAUUCGAGUUUUUGAAUGGAUGCGAAUUGUUAUUAAACGUUUCGCCUGUUUCCAAGGCUUGGCAUGGUUUGAUCUCAAACCAAUUGGAUUGGAAGUUACUGGUUUCGAGAAGAUUGGGGUUUUCACCAAUGGCACCUCCUGUCAUUCUGAAACAGAUCAAUAGUAGUAACGAAUUUUGGAAACUCUAUUUCAUUGAGAAAAUUGCCAAGCAUAAAUAUAAUCCUGUGGCCAAAUUCCUUCAGGAGAAUCCAAAUCUAUCAAGAGAACAAGUGUUCGGAGAAGGAACGACUGACAACAAGAACAUUAAGAGAUUCAUAUCUUUUGAAGUCGAAUACAUUUCUCAAGAGUAUGUGAAUGCCUUGUUUCAUCAUUCCGAGCAGAAACAAGAUUCAGCAUUGGAUCGAGUGCAAAUGAUUUCAGAUCCAUUUCAAUUCUUUUGGAAAUCUCUUCCGCUCUUCACUGGAUUUUCUCUCAAAAACGGAGAUGAAUACAUGGCCAUUGGAGAAUCCAAGAUUGGAGGAUGUCCAGACUUUCCACGCAACUUUGAAUGGCCAAAAUCCAAUGGAAAGGAAUGGCGUUUUGUCGCUCAAGUCAAUCUUCAACAAUUAGAAUACUUUGAUUUGACAAAUCGAGUGGUUCCAAAAGGAGGAGGCAUGUUGUACUUUUUCGCUCCCUCAGAAGCCUCUCAUGGUGGUAGUUAUUGGGGUGUGAGAAAGAGUGACCCUCAACCCAUCACUCACUUCAGUGCACAACAAAUCAAAGAAAUGGGUGGACUGGAGAGAAGAAAUCCCUCCUCAUUAUCCAUGGAUACUACUCCUCUUGAGAGGGACGAGGAGGACGAGAAACAAGACGCAGAACAGAGUCUCUUGUACUAUCCACCCGUAAGAAUGAAUAUCUCUUCGCACAUUGGAUCUUCAAGUAGAUGUGUUGUCAAAAAACUAUUUUCAGCAGAGAAAUUUCAAGGAAAUCCACCCGCUGAGGAGGUUCAUUUGGUGCAUUUCAUUAAGGACAUUCACUCAUCAUUGAAUAAUAACGAUCAUACACAAGACCAAAAUCAAAUGUCCUACUUGCAUGUACAGAUAGCAGGAUUUGGUUCACUUCAUGGAGAUCUCUCAGAGCUUGAACAAGCCUUGGGAGUACCAAUUUCCUCCCUGGACAUGCGUCGUCUAUUUAUUUCAAGAAGUGCUUUUGAUGCUUUCACUGACAACGAAAUGGAACUCAUCCCCAGCAAUACCAAAGUUGUGUUAAAUCCAAAGACAAUGUUUGGGGGAGGAAAUGAGGCCAAAUUCCAAGUAGGAACCAUGGAACAAGUCAAACCACUCUUGAAGAGUAAUCAAUAUGAUGUGUAUUUACCUUAUUCUUUCGUUUCAGAACAACAGUGGCAUGAUAAGGCAAAUAGGCAAUUCAUUUAUCAAAUGGACAGUGAAGAAGAAAAGAAGCUAAUUAUGGACUCGAGUGAUUAUUUAGAUGCUAAAGAAAGGUAUUCAAAAUUUUUAGAAGUGUUGUCCGUUGGCGAUGAGACAAUGAAUUUGGAGAAUUGGGACAGUUAUUGUUGGAUGUAUUGUUUACCCUCCUACUGCUUUGAGAAGGGUGUUAUUGAAAAAUCAUUUUGCGAAAGUUAUGAUCCUUAA